AUGGAUCCAUCUUCUCCUCUUAUAUCACAACCAAUGUUUACAUUUCGAAUCAAGCCUGGGGAAUGCGCCGAACCAAACGCGACUGAGACUCAAGUUGAGGUAGUUUGUGCAAUAACUAGCGCCAAUGCGGAAUUAGGUUUUUUCAAAAUACAAAGUUCAUUGGAUUUGAUUUUGGGGGAAGCUCUGGUAGACAACUUUGAUUGCUUUAAAAUAAGGAACGAAUAUUCCUCGGCAUUUGUUGUUGUCCAUUCAUCGAACCAAGACCUUGCAUCAAAGCCUACCUUUGGCAUUUUGUCUCCUGGAAUUCAACAUAAUAUUUGGACACUAUAUAAGCUGGUUGAUGGUGCCCACAUAGAGGAGAGAACAUUAAGAAAGUAUGGUGGGAGUCCUUUAGUGUCAACGACUCCAACAUCAUCUUACCAUUUCCCCAAAGUCAACAAGAAUGGAUUAGCAAUCAAGAGCUCUAGUUGUCGCCUUUCUUUGCGCAUGAGUCCUCCCAACAUCAAGCUAUCAGCAAGUUUGAAUUCAUCUUCAAAGCUUUCUCAUGUGGAUCCCCAUGCAUUCCUAGCAGAAAGGUAUUAUUCGACCCUUUACCAGAGCACAACCCCCUUACAAUUUUUUGCCAAGACUGCCCUUCCAAGAGUCCAUGUGCUCUCCCGUUCAAACUAUCAGUUAGCUCGCGAGACUAUCUCUUCAUUUAUCAUUCGUUCAAUGACAAACUUCAAUCAGCGUUUUGACUUUUGUCGUUCAUCAUGUACCUCCUCAUUGAAUCUACUAAACGAUGAUGAACUCAGUUAUCGUGUUGACUUUCUUCGUAAUCACGCCAGGAAUUCUGAAGAACAAUUUCGAGAGUCAUUGGACAAUCUCAGACUAAGAGAGGCCAAACUACAAGUAAUCCUUUGCCUGGAUUUGCUAAGGCUGCUCAAUGGUGAGGAGGACCAUCAAAAACCAACACCCAGGAAAUCGAAGGUUAUCUAUACCAAACGGUCGUUGGUAGGUCGCAAAAAAAGACUGAUACCAACAUUAAUUGGAACCGCAAUUCCUGUUAACGCAAAAUUUACCACCGACCUCAGAAACAUUCAAGAUAACUCAACCAAUGAACUUACCUCAAAUGUCUUGACGACAAACAUUAACGCCUUGAUGGAUAAACUAUGCGUUCACGAUGCUAUAAUGGGACUAUCACUGAACGAAGAUGAUUCAACCUAUAGAUUCUUAAUAAGUUCUGUCGUUCCAUUUUUCCAAAAGUCACAUCCAAAGCUACUCAGAGAGUUAAUAAAUAAAGCUAAAGGACCUUCAGCUUCUAGGAAAUCAAAAAAUUCUCAUGCAGAACAUCUAAAGACAAUUUCUUCUCCAUCACCAAAGCUCAGAGCUAUCACCCAACCGGACACAUCAGUUUUCGUUAACUCAUUAGAAUUUUCGAGCUUGAAGCUAAAACGUAAAGCAUCCAAUCUAGGAGUGACGCAAAAUUUGUCAAGAAAGACAUUUGAUAUGAUCAAAAGUACUUCAAUAAAUCAACAAUUGUCCACUUCGCAAACUGGAAUUGAAUUGCAGCCCCGGUCGCACACUGAAUCAAGUCUCAAUAAGACACACAUCAAAAGCAAAAUAUCCGCGUUUGAAACCUCUUCAAUUUUCAAUCAUAGAAAACGGAACACAGCCUCAAAAUAUAUUGACAACUCGGAAGUGCAAGCUAACUCGUAUACGGAGGUGGAAGCCACACCUGUGAAAAAACCGCGUGCUUCCCUGGAGAUUUUCGCAUCUCCCGAUGACCUUAAGACUACUGCGGAUAAUAUCUCUCCAGUAAAGACUAACAUGGUGUCGGAUAUCCAUGUCACCACUACUCCACUGAAAAUUCAUGCACAGGCAAACGAGAACGUUAUACAAACUAUUGAAAUUCCGCCUACAACUUCACUUGUGUCAUGCGCUGAUCAAAGCUUACCUUACGCUGAAACAUCAAGGGACAUUUUUGCAAACGAGAUACCUGAUAGCCUCGCAACAUGUGUAUCACCCCAAUCAGGAUCUUCUCUACCUCAAUCAUCACCAAAACAGAAAUCAAACGUGCAACGACGAUCGGAGAUAUUGGGUGCUAAAGAGCACUGUAAUACUAAAAGAAGGCUGACUUUCGACUGA